CGGCGGGGACGCGCCUGUCAGCCCGCCCCGAGGCGGCGGGGACGCGCCUGAGCCCGCCCCGAGGCGGCGGGGACGCGCCUGAGCCCGCCCCGAGGCGGCAGCGCCGGCCCUCUCUGUCGCGACAUGGGCGACGAUUUGGCAUCGGACGGCGACACCCUGCUUCAGUCAGAGAAGGAGUUCCAUGAUGCAGCGAAGCGAAACGACAUAGCCAGAAUGGAGGAACUCAUCAGGAGAGGAGUUGACAUCAAAGCCAAAAACAAUACGGAGCGGAGUGCCCUGCACUGGGCUGUGGGAGCAGGGAAUGUGGAUGCUGUGCGACUGCUCCUGGAUCACGAUGUCCCUGUGGAUGAUGAAGACAGUUUUGGAAUGAGUGCUCUUCUCCUGUCUGCCUGGUUUGGCCACCUGCGAGUCCUGCAGAUCCUCGUCAAUGCUGGGGCCAAGAUUAMCCGUGUCAAUAGGAGUGGCAGGAACCUGCUCCAUUGUGCAGCUCAGAGGGGACACAUCCAGGUUGUGGAGUUCAUCAUGGAGGACUUGGAGGAUGUUUACAUGGAUGAGACAGACAAGAUGGACAGGACAGCRUUUCACCUGGCCGCAGAGUACGGGCAUCCGGAGGUGGUGGAGUUCCUCAUUCGACUGGGUUGUUCUCACAGUGCCAAAGACAAGGAAGAAAAUACAGCAUUGCAUUUAGCUGCUAAAAAUGGACACCUCUCUGUGCUGGAGAAGAUUAUAGAUGUCGGAGUGGACCUUGAUGAAAAAAACUCAGAAGGACUCACGGCUCUGCACCUCGCUGCUGAGGGGGGACACAGCCACUGUGUGAGGCUGCUCGUGGAAGCAGGUGCUGAUGUCAAUGCCCAAACCCAGAAAAAGAUGAACUGCCUUCAUUAUGCAGCACUGCAUGGCUAUGAGGAGAUAGCCAGGAUCCUCAUGGAUGCAGGAAUCCGCAUGAAUGCUCUCAAUCAUCAAAAUACAUCAGCAACACACAUCGCAGUGCUGCAGAACUUCCCAGCCAUGGUGAAGCUCUUCAUCAAUGCAGAGUGUGACCUUGACAUUCYAGAUAAUAGGCAGCAGACCUCACUCCACAUCGCUGCAGAGCACGGCAGGCAGGACAUUGCUGAGAUGAUUCUCAUUGCAGGAGUUAAUCUGAAGCUAACAGACAAGCAAGGGAAAACAUCUCUGGAUGUCGCUGCCCGAGGCAAUCACAUCAACUUGGCAGACAUGAUUAUCAAAGCUGAUCGAUUUUACAAAUGGGAGAAGGACAACCUGAACAGCGACUCCAACUCGGGGGUGGCCAAGCACUUGACGUUCAAGCAGGAUCACAGGCUGGAGACACAGCACAUUCGCUCAGUCAUGUGGAGAUUAGCCACCAAGUACCUCAAGCCCGGGGAAUGGAAGAAGCUGGCACAAUACUGGAAAUUCACGGAUGACCACAUUAGGGCCAUUGAGCAACAGUGGACAGGCACKAAGAGCUACAGGGAACACGGCCACAGAAUGUUGCUGAUCUGGCUUCAUGGUGUGAUCACUGCAGGAGAAAAUCCAAUCAAGGGACUGUAUGAAGGCCUGGUGGRCAUCGGGAGAAGAGAUUUAGCAGAAAGCAUCCGGAAAAAAGCCAACGCAGACCCCACAUCUCCACGGAAGUGCWCAGCAAUGUGACACCAGGCACAUCCUCAGCUGGACUCGGAGCUACAAGAGAAACACUCCUGCUGAGAGAAGGCAGAUGCAACCUAAGGGCUUCUGUCACAAACAGCUGCAUCCUGCAGGGGAUGACAACGGUAAAACAAAUACUCAUGGUCACAAAUACUUCUACACAGAAGAGAUUUUUAUCAGCRAUUUCAUAUGGUCUGGGUACUGUAAUGAGAAUUUGGUGAGUGACCCUCACUUGUCAUACUGCAUCAGGAAAUCUUAGUUUUACUGUAACUUGUCUACAGUACAUUUUUGUAUAUAAAUCUUUAUUUGUCAAGUUUGUAAGUUAUUGAGGGCAAAGCCUUUGUUUUCAGGAAUGUUCUUUACUUACCUUAUUUGUGGGGGGGUGUCUGUCACUUAUGUCUUAGGUGUGCCCAUAAAUUCCCACCAUAAGAGGAGACCUUAAGCAAAAUCAAAGCAACUAUUUGGUCCUUUUGGAACCUUAAGAGGCUGUGAUCUUUAAUGCUCUGACUUGUUGCAAAAAGUUUGAGACGUGAACAUAUACCAUUUAUAAAUGUAACAUUAACAUAUACUGUUUAUAAAUCAAAUAGGUGWCUAACCUUUUCAAACCAUCUUUUCAAGAGAUUAGUUAUCUACAAAGCCUCUGACAAAGACAUCAUUUCUUUACAUCCCAAUUUGACCUGUAAUCCUUCAUAUUUAUUUUUUACAGCAGCUCAAGGGGAAAAUKAUGUUUGUAUUUCAAUAAAUCUAGAUUUUACCCUUUAAAGUU